GAUACAUCAAUAGAUAUCCAGACGUUGACUAACGCUCUUUGGUACCAUGUCGUUCGAGGAAGCUAAACAAUAUCUGCGUGGCAAGGAUGAGGAGGGGGCCUCGUUAUAUGAGCAUCUUUCGCGACUUUUGCUAAAGAUAAUAGUUGAAAAGCCGCACAAUGCCAACGCCGUGUUUGAACAGUUAUCUCAAGACCUCCGAGAGAUCACUCAGCACGCUCCCUCACUGCUGACUGAACUCGAUACGGAGCCGUUCGAUGCAGAAAAGAUCUCACAGCUAGAAUGGUGUAGGAUUGCGUGUCACCUGUUUACUCCAACUGAAAACGAGGCAGCUGAGAUUUCGUAUCCAGAUCUAAUGACGGAGGCGAAUGUAUUUGAGUGGACUGGAGUGAAUUUUGGCCGCACCGAGGUGUACCAGCUUUACCUCGCAAUCAAACAAAAAGCAAAAGUCGAAGCAAGCAGCCUUCGGUUUUGGGGCAAAAUAUUCGGAAGAUCUAGUGAUUACUAUGUAGUUCAAGGGGUAAACCCUGAACCACCACCCGCAGAAGAGGUGAAUAUCAUUGAAGGUAUGGAGGGGGCGAACAAGUAUGCGUUUUGGGUCUGCAGUAAGAUAGGCGGGGAAUGGACCAAGCUCCCAAAUGUGCUGCCUGACGCAAUUAUUGUCGGAAGAAAUAUCAAUAGAUUCUUUACCGGAGAUUUGAAUGCACCGGUGCCCUCCUAUCCACCGUUCCCUGGCGGCACGGAAGCACAUCUUCUUCGCUCCCAGAUUGCACAGAUCACAGCCGAGUGCAGCAUUUCGCCCAGUGGGUUCUAUAUUGAAGAUGAUGGCGUCGACGAGGGAAUCAAAGCAAUAAAGAAGGUCGAGGAAAUAAGUGAACACAGGACCAUCGACGAGCUUAAAGAGUUAAGCUCAUGGGUUCACCACGAGUUACUCAUCGAUCGGAAUGGACGAUGCAACCAGCCGCCGAUGAACGAAGAUGAGGACUCCAGACCCGAGCAGGAGCUUCAGAAUCAACCAAUUCUAGGAUCUAUUGCCGAAGACGAAGUUGUAGAUGGUCCGGCGUGGACAAUAUCUGCCUGCCCUGGUACAGGUGACUCUCCAGACAGCACUGUAUGCGUGAAAAGCCUUAAGUGGCCCGGUGCAUAUGCCGUCGCCUUUGGUAACAAGUUCACAAAUAUCUACUGUGGCUUUGGCUGUCCCUCUCUUCGAGGUGUAUCGUACAAGAUACCGGCCACGCCCGGUAUUCAGCCAGAAUGGGCCCUUGUAGACGAAGAAAUUAGCGCACUUUUCGAAGAGGAGGACCGCACCACACGCCCAUCUCCCAACGAGAACACUGAAGAAGAAGAGUGA